AUGAAGUUCGGACGCAAUCUGCCCCGCAACCAGGUCCCCGAAUGGGCGUCCUCGUACAUCAACUACAAAGCUCUGAAGAAGCUGAUCAAAGCCUCGGCGGAAGGAGUGAAGCAGGACGGGAAACUCGAUCUUGCUGGAUUCUUCUACACCUUGGACCGCAACCUCGAAGACGUAGACCACUUCUACAACAAGAAGUAUCAGGAUUUCUCCAGGCGCCUCAAACUGCUCGAAGACCGAUAUUCCCCCUCCCUCCAGGCCGCCGCUCAACUCGAAGAAGAUGAACGUGAAGACCUCCUUGCGGCUCUGUUGGAACUGCGCGCCCAGUUGCGGAAUCUACAGUGGUAUGGCGAGGUCAAUAGGAGGGGCUUCAUCAAGAUCACGAAAAAGCUGGAUAAGCGGAUCCCCGAGGCGCAGGCGCAGAAGAAAUAUCUCGAGUUGAGGGUCGAUCCUUCAGCGUUUGCGACCAAUGCGCAGUUGUCCAGUUCCUUGAGUAAAAUCAACGAUUGGAUCUCCGUACUGGGCGAGGUCCCUGUCACCAUCAGUAAUGAGGACCGGGCAUCUAUAUCCUCGGCCUCUCUGAAACGCACCACUUCUCGCCCCUCCCUGCAUGUUUCUCCAGAACGCACGGCAAAGCUCGAGGCCGGCAUACGACAAGAUGACCCCGUUGACCUAGAAGAACUCAUCCAGGAACUCCGUGCCAAACCGGAUUCUGAUAUCUCGGAGCAUGCCAUCCAGGAGUUCUUGAAGUUAUUACUCCAACGAGCCAUCUCUGCUCGGAGUCGAGUCUCAACUACCUGUCUCCUACGGGAAAUAGUCUUUCUGGAUGACGCAGAUGACAUCAAUGGUCGGAAUGCAAUCCAUCGUCUGGUGGUCUCGAUUGGUCGUAAGCACUCGAACGUUGACCAGGAGCCCAGCACUCAACUCCUUCCCAGUGCGGAGACAGAACUGACGAACUUUAUUGAUCCCGCAACACCUCCUGUGCUCCCCUUUAAAAGGUCCGUCCCUCAGGAAGGCAAACGAGCUCAGAUCGUGACUCGGGCCGACACCUCGAUUUCCUUCCUUGCUUUCCUUCUUGAUAGUCUCUCAAGUUCACAGCGACCGGGACUGGUGGCGCGAGAUGCGUCUGGGCGUACUCCCCUUCACUUCGCCGCCGAAUACGGCAUUCGAGUCAUGUGCGAAGUCAUCAUUGAACACCUCCAGGAGUGGAAGAUAUUCAAUGUGGAAGAUGGCAUCGAUGGUCCAUUCUGGCAGGACAACGAGGGCUGGGCGCCCUUGCAUCUGAGCGUAAUUGGUGGCCAUCCACUUACCACCCAAGCACUACUUGAUGCCGAGCAAGCAAUGGUACCAGAAUUCUCCAAGUCUACCAUACGGCGGAAUUCUCCAAAGUCCUCAGCCGUCCUGGCCCUAGCUACAAAGGCCAAUUUCGCCGACAUCGUCGGACUUCUGGUCAAGGCAGGUGUCGAUAUCAAUUAUCAGGACGAUCACGGUGAUUCGGCUCUUCAUUUGGCCGCUAGAUUCGGUCAUCUGGAGUGUGCGAAGAUCUUGCUUGCUGGGAGUGAUAUUCAAAAAGCGAACACUGAACUAUGUGAGAAGACCUACGGUUGGACUCCACUGUUUAUCGCUUGCGUAGAUGGUCAUCAGCCGGUCGUGGAAAUCCUUAUUGAAGCUUCAGCCGAUCUGGAAACACUCGAUUCAUCAGGAUGGACCGCUAAGGAGCAUGCAGCUUUACGCGGACAUGUCAGUAUCGCGAAAUUGCUCUGUGAGGUCUUACAAGAGCCAGAGCAAGAUCCCGACUCUGUCGCAUCGACAUCACCCCCAGUCUCGUCUUCUCUGGCAGAGAGGAAAUCAAAUGGCAUUGCCACCCCGACCCAGGGUGUGAAGAUGAGCGAACCCGUCAAGAGUUUCGGCCAUCGAUACCUGACGGAUAAAAGCAUGAUCCUCGUCAGUCUUGGUACCAUGGAUACCCGCAAGUCGAUUCGACCCGUCAAUCUCGAUAGAAUACCUUUAGCAAAUGCGCAUUCGACGCAACUUGAUACCGCACUUUCAAUCGUGGUGUCUGCAAAAUCUGCUGAAGGCGAAGCAGAAGUCAUUGAUUUACCAGUGCAAGAUAAUAUCUCCACUGAGCCAAUUGUCUUCCAUGCUGCAGAUCCGUCAAAAGUCAAGUUGUUCUUUGAUCUCAUUCCGACUUAUUCUGGAUCAAGAGAACGCAUCGUCGGACGUGGCGUGGCUUUGCUUUCUACCAUAAAACCCAAUAUUGGUACUAAGCGCAUGCUCCUACAGGGUGAUGUCACAGUUCCUAUUGUCGCCGCCAAUGAUCUCGAGGUGAUUGGUUCUGUGACCUUCAAUUUCCUGGUUAUUACACCUUUUCAUCAUCCUAGUAUGGUCGUCACAGAGAAUCAGACAUACUGGAAGAGUAUGACUUCGACAAUGGUCAUCGGUCAUCGUGGAUUGGGCAAAAAUCAGGCUGCUGGUCGUCGCUCUCUUCAACUGGGUGAGAAUACAAUUCAAUCGUUCAUCGCAGCCGCCAAUCUGGGUGCGUCAUACGUUGAAUUCGACGUUCAACUCACCAAGGAUCAUGUACCGGUCAUCUACCACGAUUUCUUGGUUAGUGAAACAGGAGUCGAUGCACCAGUGCACACUCUGACGUUGGAACAAUUCCUUCAUGUCAAUGAAAUGAGAACUCCACGUCAUUCAAGACCGGCAUCCCCCGUGCCCUUUGAAAACCCAAAGGUCAGUACCUUGAAGAAUGGAGAUUCGCGAGGACCCAGACUUCGAUCCAUGUCUGUCGGUGGAGGAGAUAGCAACGAAUCAGUCGACAUGGAAGAACGAAUGAAACACACACGAGAUUUCAAAAAGAAAGGAUUUAAAGGCAACAGUCGCGGAAACCACAUCCAAGCCCCCUUCGCCACUCUGGAAGAAAUGUUCCGUAAAGUGCCCUCCAACGUCGGAUUCAACAUCGAGAUGAAAUACCCAAUGCUCUCUGAAAGCGAAGACGAAGAAAUGGAUACCUACGCCGUCGAACUCAAUUCCUUCGUCGACACCGUCCUGACCAAAGUCUACGACAUGGGCAAAGGCCGAAACAUUAUCUUCUCCUCCUUCAACCCGGACAUCUGCCUCUUACUCUCCUUCAAGCAGCCGAGUAUUCCCGUCAUGUUCCUCACCGACGCGGGCACCUCCCCCGUCGGCGACGUGCGCGCCACGAGUCUCCAGGAAGCCAUUCGCUUCGCGAGUCGCUGGAAUCUGCUCGGUGUUGUCAGCGCCGCGGAGCCACUCGUCUAUGCACCCCGCCUCGUCCGUGUCGUCAAGGAGAGCGGUCUCGUCUGCGUUAGCUACGGCGCGCUCAACAACGAUUCUUCAAAAGUCAAAUUACAAGUCAAGCAAGGCAUCGAUGCCGUCAUCGUCGAUUCCGUCCUCGCCAUCCGUCGAGGUCUCACCGGUGCAAACACCUCCAAACCAACUCAACCUGCAAAAGACGCCCCCAACCCUGCAGGUAGCAGAAGCUGGCUGAGCACCGAGACCAGUGCCUCGCACAACGAUACCAACAACAAAAGCCUCGCUGAGAAACUCACCGGAAGUACCGAGAGUCUCGAGAUCCCCGUCCCCAUCUCCACCCCAAUCCCUAUCCCCGGCGCCACUGUCGCCUCACCGAAGAUCGUAACGUUCGAACCUGAAGAGUCAGCCGGCAGCAGCGCUGGCGAUAAUAGUGUCGGCAGCGCGGUCUCCGAAGCGGAGACCGAGACCGGGAGUGAGAGCUUCAGUGCCGCGAGCACGGGCGAUUCCGAGGGGCGACUGCUUGACUAG